AUGACACGAAUGGGUGCAGCACAGGAUGCAACGGGGUCGGGGGCGGAGGCCUUGACGUUCGCUUUCAAUGUGCCCAAGCUUUCCAGAGACUUCCUGAGUUCUCCUGCCUACGGCCUCUUGGCACGAAGCCUCAAUCUCCAUGCCACCACGACGCGGUCCAAGCAGUGUGAGCACCCAAACGAAGCUUCGGAAGCCUACCGGCGUUGGAAGCUUAGUUGGCUUCUGAAGCCGGCCUGUCGGUCCCACCACAAGCAGCGCUUUGUCCGACGUCUCCUCCAGGAGCAAGCCGAGCCAGCAAAGCAGCUUUGGGAGCUGAUGUUAGAGUCUUGCAAGAGGGCUCGCCGUGAGCUGUCCACCGACCAGACAGUGCUGUGCAACUUAGAGCUCACUUGUGAUCCUUCUGCCAUGAUCCGUCAGCUGGCGGCGUCCUUGAAUACAUCGCAGACAGACGGUCCGCAACCUUGUCAAAGACAGGGUUGUAGAAGUCCCUGCAUGGCCGAACAUCCUGCCCGGCUUCAAACCCUUAGUUGGCCGAGACGAUGUUGUGCUCUGCAGUGCUUCUCCGGUUUCUUGACAUGUGCUGGCGGAACCGGCAAAAGUGUCCCCAAGAGCAUGCGGAGGUAUUAUCACGUGCAGAUUUGGCUUUCGUAA